AUGAGCAAAGAUCAGGCAGAACAAGAUGAGUCUGUUUUACCAGGUGAUGAGACUAUGGCUGAAACUAAUGUUAGAGAGAAGGCUAAUCAACCAUGGCAGACUAAACUGAAGGGUUGUAAAAUAAGUAAGUUCAUGGAAAGUCACUUUCUGAACUGGCAUUAUCACACUAGUUCCAUCAUUGAAGGUCGUAUCUUAGUUAUGUGGAGAAGGUUACAUGUAAAAACCAUCAUCUUAGAGGAAUCCUCUCAAGCAGUUCACUGUCUGGUGAAGGUGAUGGGAGUGCAGCAGGAGUUUGGGGUCACCUUUGUUUAUGGUCUUAAUUCUAUUGAGGGCAAGGACAGAUCUGGAGGCAAGGCUGUUUCAGACUCAGAGUUAGCUGAUUCCAUAAACUGGCUGGCAGGUGCUCAUGUUGAACCUUUACGGAAUAUUGGCUCCUAUUUUACAUGGUCUAAUAACCAAGAUGGUGCUGCAAGGAUCUAUUCGAAAAUAGACCAUGCUUUGAGCAAUGAAAAGUGGCUUGAUUUGUUUUCUCAGUCUACAACCAUAUUUAGGUGGGAAGAUCACCAUGACUUCUAUGAUUUGGUGUUAAAAAGUUGGAGAGGCCCGAUUAAAGCUACUGGUAUAAAUGCAAUUUUUCUCAAGCUGCUGAGGCUUAAACAUUGUUUGAAAACUUUUAAUAUGAACGGAUUAGGCGAUUUAAAAGCUAACUACAAUAAGGCAAAAGACUCUUAUCAAGUAGCUAAGCUGCAAGCUCAAGCUCAUCCCCAUGAUUCAUAUUAUCAAGAGGCUGAGAGGACAGCAGCAGGGAAUUUUUCUGUUCAGGAGAGAUUAUAUCAGAACUUCUUAAUUCAGAGAAGUAAAAUCACUUGGUUAAGACAAGGAGAUUUGAACACCUCUUUUUUUCAUGCUUUUUUAAAGAAGCGUAAAGCUGAGAAUGGGAUAGUCUCUUACAUGACGGCAGAAGGAGCUUGUUUAGGCAGUCCAAGCUUAGCUACAGGCAGGGUAAAUAUCAAGCAUAUUGAGUUAGGUCCGAAACUUUCAGUUGAGCAGCAAGUAAUUCUUUUGAGACCUUUCUCUAAGAAGGAAAUUCGGGAGGCUUUACUUAGUAUUCCAGUUACUAAAUCCCCAGGUCCUGAUGGCUAUGGUUCUGGUUUUUUUAAAGCUGUCUGGAGUGACAUAGGUGAAGAGGUGUGUAUGGCUAUCUCUGACUGUUUUGAGUCUGAUAGCUUCCCAUCUAAGCUUCAUGAAACAACCCUUUCAUUGAUUCCUAAGGUUGAUAAUCCCUCCCGGGCAGUCGACUAUAGGCCUAUAGCUUGCUGCUCUACAUUGUAUAAAUGCAUGGCUAAGUUGCUUUGUAAAAGGUUGGCUGUUGUUCUGCCUGUUAUUGUUCAGACUAAUCAGGGAGCCUUCAUACAAGGUCACACUAUUGCCCACAAUAUUAUGAUUAGUCAAGACCUUAUUAAAAAUUACGGCAGAGUUUCCACUUCUUCGUGA